AUGGCUACGCGUAGGGCUUUUUCUGAAGAAUCCUCAAGAGAAAUUCUAUUGAGUUUGCCUGUGAAAUCAUUGCUAAGAUUCAAAUGUGUAUGCAAAAAUUGGGGCAAUCUUAUCAAUAACCCUAGCUUUACUAUAGACCACUUGAAUUUAAGUAAGAAGAAGAAGCCUCCGCAACACUUGAUUUAUGAUUAUGGUGCAGCCGAUGAUGCCCCUACUGUUACUUUGGUUUCCGAUAAGGGUAUAGAUGAACAAAAUUUCCAAAGGUUUGGAGAUAAUAUUACCAACUUGUUAGGUUCUAUUGAUGGUGUGUUUUUCAUGGAAAGACAAAUUGAUAAUGCCAUUUUGUGUACAUUAUGGAAUCCAGCUAACAGAGAGGAUGUCAAAAAUAAACUUAGUAUUCUUUCAUUUGACUUUGGGAAUGAGGUGUUUGUAGAGAUGGAAGGGCCACCACGUGGUCACGAGGAUUAUAAUUGGUCGGCAGAACUGAUGUUGCUUGGUGACUCCGUUGGUAUCUUGAAUUUUGUCGACGGGUUUGUUCAUGAUGUAUGGACAGUCGUCGAGGCAGCUGGGAUUCCAUUGUUUUGGCUUGUUGGACUGAGAAUUGCCUGA